AAGUGACCGUGAAAUUUGCGAGUGCCAGGUGAUUAAUACCUCAGAACAUAAACAGCUGACGAAUUGCAAUGCAGUAAAUUGCCUCGAGCCACCGCCCAUUCCGAAGUUGAGAGAGAUCUUGAUGUUGACGUUAAGCGCUUUUAUCUAAUAUAACACGUCUGUGUUGAAGUGUCUUGGCCACUAGGAGAACUUACAGAAGAUUUUGGCUCUUAAAACAUGCAAGGCUAGAGUAGCUCAAGCUAAUGUACUUUAACUCGAGGUGCUUUAACCCACGUAGACCCUGUAACUACCCUGCGGUAUGAUGCAUCAGUUGACAUAUGUUUGUGAGAGAGAGUAGUACUGAACUUUAGCUCCUUUAAAGUACUGCUAUCAUUGGUGCAUUACCAGCAUAUAACUUUUUAACUAAUACUACAUACUGGCCUCUGGCAUACGUCAUCUGCUACAGACUGCUCUAAAUCCAAGAUUCAAAGGGUGAGGCUGACAAAAAUGCCCAUUAGUAGAUUGGAGACGCGGGUGGGAAGCCUUCGUUCCCACCUGCAGCAUUCCAGAACAAGUUCCUUUGAAAUUGUGGAGACCCCAAUUACAGUUAACAGAAUGAAGUGGCUGGACCUUUUUCUGCGAACUGUCCGCAUAUCAAUGGAGAUUAUUUCAAGAUUGGUGUUUUGGAUUGUAUAUCGAGGGAAUCACCAUACACCUCUCCCACCAAUCACGAAUCUCAUCCUUCUAGAUUCUGCAUCAACCCUUGCCGUGAAGAUUAGGACUAGAAAACUAACGAGUGAAGAAGUUGUCCGAUCAUUUAUUGCUCGAAUUAAUGAAAUCAAUCCAAUAUUAAACUGCGUGGUUGAUAACCGCUUUGAAGAUGCCAUUACAGAAGCCAAGGCUGUGGAUGAACUUAUCAGAUCAGGACAUAUGAGUGAGGAAGAAUUAGCAGCAAAAAAGCCUUUUCUUGGUGUCCCAUUUACUAUUAAAGACAGUUUUCGUGUUAAAGGGCUGCGCCAGACAGCUGGUCUCUGGAUUAGAAGGAACAUGGUUGCUGAAGAGGAUGCUGAUGUUGUCCAUGUGAUGCGAGGGACUGGUGCUAUACCUCUCUGUGUUACCAACGUGUCCGAACUUUGUAUGUGGUGGGAGAGUUCAAAUACAAUAUAUGGGCGAACAAAUAAUCCCUACCAGACCAGUAGGAUUGUUGGUGGGUCAUCUGGUGGUGAGGCUUGCCUUCAUUCAGCUUGUGGUACUCCCUUUGGUAUUGGCUCUGAUAUAGGAGGAUCAAUUAGAAUGCCGUGCUUUUUCAAUGGGAUUUUUGGUCACAAGCCAACUAAUGGUAUUGUCAGCAAUCUUGGUCAAGAACCUGUGGCUACUGGUGAGGCUAAACAGUUUUUAGUGACUGGUCCAAUGAGUCGGUAUGUCCAAGACCUCAAACCUAUGUUAAAAGUUUUGGCUGCCAGCAAUGUACACAUGCUCAAAUUAGAUGAGAAGGUGGAUGUAAGGAAACUUCGGUACUUCUACAUUGAGGAUGAUGGUGGCUCUGCUCUUGUAACUCCUGUGCAUCCAGAGCUUAGAGCAGCACAAAGAAAUGUUGUUUUACAUUUGGAGAAAGCUUAUGGUAUUAAGGCUAAAAAGAUUACACUGAAGAAAUUAAAGCUUGGUGUUCCAAUGUACUUUGCUAAAUUAGCAAGCGUAGAAGAAGCCCACACUUUCUGCCAGGAAUUAGCUCUCAAAAAGGGAAGUGUUAACAUAUGGUUUGAAUUGAUUAAAUGGAUAUUCAGGAUCUCCCACCACACAUUACCUGGGUUACUUUUGGGCGUGCUAGAGAAGUUGAAUAACCUUGCCAAGUCUUCAGAGGAUUAUCCAAAAAUGCUUACAAUGUGCACAGAUCUUCGUAAUGAAAUAAAGGAACUUCUUGGAGAAGAUGGCGUGUUACUUUUCCCAAGUCAUGCAACUCCAGCACCUUACCAUGGACAGCCACUGUUUAGGGCCUUCAAUUUUGUGUACACAGCAGUCAUUAAUGUGUUGUACUUCCCUUCAACUCAGUGCCCCCUAGGGCUUGGUUCUGAUGGUGUGCCUUUGGGAAUUCAGGUUGUUUCUAAUCAUUAUCAUGAUCACCUGAGUCUAGCAGUUGCAGCUGAAUUGGAGAAAGCAUUUGGAGGAUGGGUAUGUCCAUCUAAAGUGUUGUAGGUACUGUUGGACUUCAGCGGAUGGGAAUAUAGACUGAUCAUAUACGUAGUAACAACAUCUUUUGUAGUUUAUAAUAAUAAGUCAAUAUAGAUAUGCAACAAUUGUAAAGAUUUACAAACACAUUGCACAAGGGUCAUAGUAUUUUGUAUCUCAACUAGUCAUUAUUUUUCCUAUUAGUGGAUAUUAUGCAGAAUGAAAAUAAGUAUUUUACUUUGAGAUUUGUGCUUCAGUUUCAUUUUAUUGACAGCUUCAGUUUUCUGCAAGUUUUUUGUUAAUAAAGGCAUGAAUGAAGCAUUUUUUGUAGACCAAAUUUCCUUGCAAAUGGUGUCCUAAGAUCACAAAAUACAUUGUUUACUGUGAUGUUCACGAUUGUGCUAAGCUCUUAUGUGAAUGUAUGAAAAUGUAUUUUCAUAGUAAACUUAGUUCAUUGUAAACAAUGUAAGUUAUCGCAGUUUAACUGCAGGUGUGUAAAACGGAAAACGGUUUAAGGGCAUAUUGUAAUUUUCAUGUGAUGAAUUUUACUAAUCUUAGUAGUUGAGAUGUAUUUUAUGUUUUAUAGUACUAUAUAGAAAAGCAGUAGGUUCUUACAUGUUGAACAGGGGCUUAGAAUACUGGUUUAAUUUAUUCAUUCAGAAAUGGAAAAAAUAUUAUCUGAAUUUAUUUCCCAAUAUUGUUUAUAAAGUAUUUGUUAUAAUUCUCUUGUUACAGGUACAUUUCUCACUGAAAAUUUUUGCCAUUUUCUUCUCCUUUCAUUUGCAUUUUUUUUCUUUGUAAGGGCCUUUCUGGUGGUGCACUUUUUAGUGUUUGUUUUUAAAUUUACCUUUUUUAUUUAGGAGUUGUUUGAAAAGAUAAUAUAAUUUCUUUACCUUAGGGUGAUAACUUUCUUAUUGGUUAAAGGAAAUGGGGAUAUGUAUUUUCCUUAAAAUGGAGAUUUUAUAUUUCCUCAAGUCAGUACACGACUUAGCUAGUAAGGGUUUUGCUGAAACACCUAGAUUUUUAAGAGUAGGAGUUGCCGAGAGUGACAGAUAGGAAUUAGACUCUCUAAGAUUCACGUAGAAAACAGAAAAUGCACCAGAAACUGUUUUUAAAACCAUUAGUGUGUCACAUUGUCCAUACUACAGAUUUGAUUUUAAUGGUAAAUGUGAGGUAGUAUUUAUUCUUAAAGCUACUGAUGCUUUUUAACUGGAUCCACAUGCUCCAUGAUUUUCUUUAAAUAAAUAAAUGAGAAAAUGUAGCAUAUUGCUGCUCAAAGUCAGUUCCAUACCUUUGAGUGGUGUUAGGGACACUUAGAUUAUGUGCAUACUAGGCCUCAGAGUAACAUAGUCAAGUGAUUAGACCAUUUUGCUCCAUGUUGGGCUCCCAGGAGAUUCUGAUGCAUGCCAAUUCACAGGUUGUUAGACAGGUUGGGUUGAGGUGCCAUUGAACAAUGGACCUGGCAAAUGUGAGCCAAUCCAUUUAACACUAAGCUGUUCUACCCAUAUACUUUUAUUAAUAUUUUUUACCAAAUAUGCCUCCACAUAAUAAAAAUAACAUUGAGUCUGGUAUGAUUCUUUAUGAUUCCUGUUAAGGAGGGCACUUCAUUCAGAAUAUCAAAAGGUGGUGUAAUCAGUAAGAAAAAUUGUAUUUAAAUAUUUUUUUAUGGAAUUCCACAUAUGCUUAAUAAUGAAUUAAAUACAUUUUAAAGAAUCAUACAGAUCUUAGUCUCUGAAUGUCUAAAGUUUGAUAAAGAUAUACGUAUAUACUAUAGUUGGUUCACUUUAGGUAGAUUUCUUGGGCGAGCCGUAUGCCUAUGAGACGUUUGUUUGGCAGCCGCUGAUUGGUUGGUAACAGGAGGUAGGCAGCUCGCUCAGUGUCUCAUAUUUUUGUCUGUAUCUUAGAAAAUUUUGGUCAUACCAUAGGAUUUGGUAUUAAUUGUACAACUAAUUAUUUUUACUUGAAAUCAGUAAGAUAAAAACAAAGGAAUUACAGCUUGUAAAAGAAGAGCGAAGCAUUUAAUUAUUUAUCAUCAUUCAUGCAAUCAAGAUAAAAUAAAACUUGUUUUCAUACAAUAAAUUUACCCUGAAUAUGCUGGUGCUUUCUCAGCUUGAAAGGAUAACAAUCUUACUUAGUUCUUUGUUGUUCAUCAUUCACUGAGAUCAUUAUUGUAUAACACUCAAAUAAGUUUCUGAUAUCUCUUUAUUUUUUGAAAAUAUAUCCAUGUAAGAAAAUUAGAAACAAUACAUAUGCUGAACCAACCUGAUUAAGGCUUCUUUUGAGUUCAAGAGUGCGAAGUCUGUCCAUAGAUUUCAAGUUCUUACCAGAAAUGAAUUUCCUGCGACCCGCCUAGAUGCGAGUAACGAUACCAGAUGCAUCCGUUUGAUUAUUUAUUUAUUUUAUUAUUAUCAGAUAUGUCCCAGUGUACUCUCAUGUACAAUAUUGGAGUGAAAAUGUUCAACAGUCAUAAUGGGAGUUCUUUGUUGUUUAUCAUUCACUGAGAUCAUUAUUACAUAUCACUCUAAUAAAUUUCUGAUAUCUCUUUUAAUUUUUGAAAAUAUAUCCAUAUAAGAAAAUAAGAAACAAUACAUAUGCUGAACCAACCUGAUUAAGGCUUCGUUUGAGUUCAAGAGUACGAAGUCUGUCCAUAGAUUUCAAGUUCUUCCCUGGACUGAAUUUUCUGUGACCCGCCUAGAUAUGAGUAACGAUACCAGAUACAUCCAUUUGAUUAUUUAUUUAUUUUAUUAUUAUCAGAUAUAUCCCAAUGUACUCUAUGUUCCAAUGUACUCUCAUAUACAAUAUUAAAGUGAAAAUGUUCAAGUCAUUAUGGGAAUUCUGUGGGUUUAUAUGCAGAAAAUGUAACGACAUAAUACAGUAAAUAUUGUUGAAACUGCAAACUUCGCAUAUCACUAAUUGUCAACUGUUAGCUGAGAGGGCCAACGCUGCGGUAUCAAGCAGAUCACUGCCUCGCAACACUACUAUCAAACUUGAAUAAAGUACGGAUGCAAUAUAAUAAAAUAUAUUCUUCAUUUUCUCUUCACAUAUCACACACAUCUAAAAUCUGAAAACACCAGCUUAUUCAGGGUGAAUUUAUUGUAAAACACAAGUGUUAUUUUAUCUUGAUUACUUGAAUGAUGCAAAAUCCUUUUGAGUAAAACCAGGUUUAAAGAAUGAAAUGCUUCUCUCUUCACUUUUACUUGUAAUUCCUUUGUUUUUAAUCUUAUUGAUUUAUGAAAAAAUUAUUUAGUUGUACAAUUAAUACUGAAUCCCAUGAUAUGACCAAAACUUUCUUGUCUUGAGCAAAACAUGAGAUAAAUGAAGAAAAAAAAAACAUAUUGCUAGUGUUCUAAGCUGCUGACAAAAAUGUGAGCCACUGAGCAAGAUACCUACCUCCAGCACUAGCCAAUCAGUGGCUGCCAAACAAACGUCUCAUAGGUAUAGGGCUCAUCCAAGAAUCUACAUAAAGUGAACCAGCUAUAGUUUCCCACAAACAGAUGUCCCCUGUAAUAUUUGUAAUUUGUGUUUAUAUGAACCAUGCACUUAUGUUUGAAUAUUUUCUUAUGUGGAUGUGCUCUCUGAUUUUGUAGGAAAUGUGAUAGAUGGUGUUGUGAGGAAUAAUUCUUUUAGAAUCCAAAAUUAUUUUUUAAUUAAAUGACUUCUUAUAUUGUAAUUAAAUUAUAAUUGAUUAUCCAAACACUUCAAAGACUUGACCUUCAAUCCUUAGUGAAGUUAAUGCUACACCCAUGCCAUUGGCCUCAAGUAACAAGUCCAUAACUGAUUCUGCCUAGUGUGGGCAGUAAUCAGCCUCUAUAACUCUGACCUCUUGAAAUCCAGUGACUUUAAAAAAUCCAAAGGAAUUAAUAUUAAAGGCUGAAUAUGAUAGUCGUAUUUAAUAAAGUAGUAAUUUGGUUGUCAUGCAUUAAGUUUCAAAGCUUAAGGAAAUUAAAGAAUGAAAAUAAGAAUGUUAUAAAAGUAAAAAAUAGUUGUCCAACCUGUGUGCAGAGGAAUCCAGCCUAAAACAUAUAUUUACUGAACAAGUAUCAUUUAGAUUGGCCAUAACUUCCACAAAGGUUAUGUUAUGGUUUGAACACACAUAUACAUUAUCUAAUUAAAUCAUGCAUGCAUUGAUAUUCAUCCAGAUGUUAAUUUUUGUUGCUCUUAAGAAAGUGAGAGAGAUAUUUCCACAUUUUAUUUCUUCUAUUCAUGUUAGUUAUGAUUUUGACAACAGCAUCUAUCAGUUCGGACUUUUGGAGGCAGUGUAGUUUAUUUUAAGGUAAUCUAUGGUUAGGUAUGUGUGAAACAACAUAGGUUCCUAGUGAUAGAUAUCAAGAUGAGAAGUAGAAAACCCAAGAAGUGGUUAAGGAGGUCAAGAACAAAAUUAAGGGAUUUUAAAGAACAGUGUGAUCACUAUGAGAAGUAUGCAAGAGGAAGGCAUCAAUUAGGAAUAAAUUUAAGAGAGGAGGGAGUUUAUAGAGGAUUUGAAAAUCUGGAAUAUGAAAAUUACAGAAGCAGCAGCUAGGCGAACAAGUGGGUAUGGAUUGUCAAAAGAGGAUGAAAAGUUGUAAUGCAAUAGAGAAUUUCAGGAUUCAGUUACGUAAAAGUCUGCAACUUUCAUUAUAAGCAUCUUACCCAGGAAAUAAAUGAAGGGAUUUAGGGGAGAUGGGAAGGGUGGGUAGGCUGGUGAUGGAGGUGCAAUUUGUAUAAGAUAAGAGUGCUAUAAAUAAAAUGAAGACUGGAAUAGCUCUAUGCCCUUCUGAGGUGUAAACUGAAAUGUUGGAGAUACUUGGUGUAGAGUGGGGAAAAAUGGACAUUGGUAUACUGUUGAAGACAAUCUUGUAGGAGGAAGUAAUGCUAAAUGAUUUAGAGCAAAGAAUGAUGGUAAAUAUGUUUAAACAGAAAGAGGGUAUUAAGGAGAGUAAUAAUUAUAGAAGAAUCAAGCCAACAGAACAUUUGUUGUAGGAUGUAGAAGGAAUAAUUGAUGAAAUUUCAUGAGCAGUUGUUAGAUUAGUGAACAGCAGUAUGGUUUCAUGAGAGGGAGAAGUACAUUUGAUGCUGCUUUUAUAUAAGACAGUUCAUGAAAAGAGGCUUAAAGAUAAUUAAUUACCUAUAAGUUCUACUGUGUACUUUUAUACCUAGAGAAGGCAUUUGUUAAAAUAACAAGGGAGGUGGUGUCUUGGUGUUUAAGAAAGAAGAAAGUGCAAGAAAAGUUGGUUGAAAUGAUGUACAGAGGAACAAGGACAACAGUAGUGGCAUCAUGUGGCAAAACAGAAAUGUUGGAAUUUGAGUCAGCAUGCAUCAGCAGAGAUUAUUUAUGGAUGUUUUGAAUGAGGGGAUUAGUAAUGGAAAUGAUUUGGUGAUUAUGACAGAGACUGAGAACAAUUGCUAAGAAGAGUAAGAGAGUGGCAGGAAUCUCUUGAAUGGGUAAAAGUGAUGUACAGUGUUCAACAAGCAGGGAGGGGCUAGGUUAUUUAUGCGUAAUAGAAGAGUCCUUGAUUUAAAUCUGUUAGAGAAUUUCAAGUACGUACUUAGAACUACUUUGAGCCAGGAGAGAGUAUGUGAAGAAAUGGAGGGAGGUGGCAGGGGUAGUGUUGUGAUAAAAGAAUGUCAUGUCAAAUAAACUAUAAAUAAUGAUUUAUUGUAGUCAGACUGUUGAUGAUGUAUGGUUAUAAAACAUGGAGGAUGAUGAAUUGGAAUUUGGGGAACUCACUGCAUGAGUGGCUAGGAAAUGAAGAAAUUAGAAGAGCAGGAGUGGUAAUAAUUUCUGAUGUGAUAGUCGAGUAUGAGAUGGUUUGGGUACGUGGUGAGGAGGAAGGAGUGAAGAGGGCUCGGGUGGAACAUGUAAGGAGUAGAAGUUUGAGUGGGAGGCAAAGGAUUAGACGGUGUGAGGCAGUGUGGUAGGAUUUGGGGAAGAAGGGUUGGAGAAGACUCAUCAAGACAACCGAUCCCUUAGCUUAGAGAUGGCAUUGGGGACGGAUUUCCUUAGUCCUCAGGUUCCUUUAAAAGAAUUCACAUGAUUUUUGAGUAUUAAAGACAUGAUUUUAAUAAGACCAGCAUGUAAGACAUUAUUUUAAUAUCUAAUUUAUGUAGUUUUAUGUGAUAUGGCGCUAUUGGUUAGCGGGUGUAAUAUUUAAGGAAGAGAUAAAAGUUUUGUUUUAAAUUUUAAUCGGUUGAAAAUUUAUCACUGUUUUGAGAGAGAGAGAGAGAGAUUAUUGCUUAAUAUCUUGUUAAUUGAUAGUAAUAUCUUUUAAGUACUUAACAACAAUGUUGGCCUAGUACUUUAUUAAAAUAUUAAAGCUUUAUCAGUCAUUUGUAUACCAAAGGGAAUAAUCUUGUCCCCUUCAUGAUGAAUAAAUGAGCUAUUAAUUUCACUCUUUUGCAAUAAUACUGUAAUUUAAUUGUGUUCUAGAGGAACAUACAAAAAAAACAAUUUGUUUUAGUUCUGCCUGAGAGGAAGUAAGGGACCAAUCUUUAACAUGUUUGACAGGCCAUAUGUUAAAUUCAGAAUAUAGAAACAAUAGGUUUUUAGCAUAAUAAAAUACCAUGGUAUUCAUGACUAGAAUUUUUAUUUUGCGAAUGCUAUGCAAUUUCUUGUAACUACUGUGAUAGUACAUUUACUUCUCUACACAUUUCAUUGCAUAAGCUUUAACAUUCCUUACAAUUUCUCAUAAUUAUUUUUUGGUUUAAGAUAAGGUAUGUGUGUUAAUAUUUAGAGUGCCAUAAGCCAUUGGUUUUGCUGUUUACAGACUUGAACCACCUUGGUUUGUGUAAAGGAAGUUUUUAGUAGCAAAUUUCUUUGUAUCAAUUAUAUUUGGUUGAUAACUAAAUUUGAUAACUACUUUCAAAGUUAUUAAAUUUUGUUAUUUCUACUAAGAUUUUCAAAACUAUAUUUAACAUUGAUAUAUGUGCUUUAGAACAUUUUUUCUGUUUUAUUUUUGUUUUAUAAGUGUUUUAACGUUUUACACACAAUUAUAAACUAGUUAUAUAUCACACCAUUUAUUUGAAAUACAUAAUGUUUUCCAAUUAAUGCUUUAGAUUUUUAUAUGAAUUUCAGAAUACGUAAAUAAAAAAUGUCGGCA